AUGGCGGACAAGCCGAGCCGGGCGCUGGUGCUGUACACCGCCGGCCACGAGGCGCUGCUCACCGGGGGCGGAGGGGGGAAGGGCCAGCUCGACGCAUUCGCCUCCAUCGCCUCCUGCGGCUUCCACUCCGUCCGCACUCCCGCGGUCAACGAGGAUGGAGGGGACAGGAACAACGACUUGAUUCUCGAGCUGGCGCAGCUGCUCGACGUGUACGAUGCCCUCUACCCUGUCAAGGAUGGGGAAAUUGCCCGGGUGGAUCCGCAGGAGCUAGUAGUCCCCAAGCUAUCCGAGAGGUUCGAUUCAGGUUCUGGCAGCAGUUCUAAGGACACUAGAAUAAUCGACCGGGCGUUCAUUCUGCUGGGAUUUGCAGAGGGGAAUGUCCAGGAUGCGUCCGAAUUCGAUCUGGGGUUUGUGCAUGCCGCAAUGGAGAACACAUCCAGCAAGCUUGGGAAAUUAGGGAUGAAGAUGGAUCUCAACCGGCUUGACAAAUUGGUGGCUUCAAUCAUGGAAGCUGCGCCACUCGGUUCAGCUGUCGCUGCCCGUAUUCAUGUUUCUGUUAUCUUGAGCUAUGGAUCUGCUACUGCAAAUAAGGAACAGGCAUGCCUCAUCUUGAACUCUUCAACCGAAAUUGAUUCUGACUUGAAGUUACUCUGUCCACAAAUAAGUUUAUUAUGCAUAUCCUGCAGGAAUCAUCAUCCAAUGCUACUGGCACAGUGGCAACAAGGAGUAACACGUUCUGAUUUGGCCAAGGAGUUUCUUUUGAGGAAUUUAUAA